AUGACUACUCUCUGUAGCGGCUCAGUAGCUGGAAAACAAAAGGAUGCAACAGCUUAUGACGAUGACUUCUUACAUAGGCUCGUCAUACCGCUCACUUGUUUUAAAUCUGCCUCAUCACCCGACAGCUUGGACCCCGAGAAGCUAUGUGAAGAAGCAAAAGAAAAGGGGCCGCAUUGGCUUAUUGAAUACUUUUGCGAAAGUCUUUGCGAACGAUAUUCUAAGCAGAUAUCCGGAGCUCAACUCCUCCACGAACUAAAGAGAUCUCCUCGCAGAGCUCUUGAGGCUCUGCAAAAGGUAGUCAAGACUUCAAAGGGCCAUGAGCUUUAUUGGCUCCUUCUACGUCCUGUCAAUGAAGAUGGAACUUUGGAACUAUCAGGAGAUGAACUGCUCGAGAAUCUCAUCUCAAUCGGGUAUCGAACAGGGAAGCUUGGCUAUUGUUAUGUAGUUCACGAAGACGCGUCCUCCUACACCUCGCACUACCUCAAACUUGUCGAUUGGUUGAAGUGGCAAAAGGAGACCGAUAGUCUCCUGGAUUUCGCGAUUCAGGAGUGCCCAAUGUUCGGUAAAGAAUACUACUUAUCACGACGUCCUUCAUCUUCAUCUUCGUGGACUUCCGCAGAUUCCACGCAGGAAUUGAAUCCUACACUAGACACAACGCUGCAACUGGCUUACGUCCCAACUUCACCACUUGGACUCGAAUACUUAGAAGCGGUGCAAGAACUGGAAGAUCCCCUGCCUGAUUUCAAGGAAACAAGAGAGGACAAGGUCGAGUGUUCUAGCGAUGGCGACUCGGGUCUGAACGAUCGAACGCACAAAGACAGAGAAUGCCUGUGCUUCAUCUACUGGGACCUCAUGCUCAAACUUCUCAUGGUGUAUGUUACUUUCAUAUACACCCUGUCGCCAGGCGAUGCAGACCCCCAGAGGCUUUUCGAAGAAGCCAGAAAAUACGAGCCUUGUCGGAUCCUUGAACGGCUUUACAAACGUGGUUUCCAACUAGCAAUUGGAGGUGGGCACUUGCGUGCCGCUCUAGAAAUGGUUGACGACAAAGCCAAACGAUAUCUUGCUGGCUUUGAAUAUCUACGAGUGACAGCUCGAACUCCUGAUGGCAUUGAACUUACUAGGUUGCUGCCCGCCUAUGAAAUUGGCCCUGUUGAAGCCGUGGCGAAAGUCGAAGAGGUCAUUUCCGCAAUCUGCGAUGGUGUUACUCUAGCGAAGUAUCGUUGCUUUUAUGCAAUUGAUGCAGAUCAGUCUCCCUUCUCCCACGUCCGUGUCAGAGUUGCCAUGACGGUGGAUUAUUGGAGUUUCGUUUGGCCUGAUAGUCAUAUGGCCAGUUCAGAGGCUGUCAAACCCGAGGCGGAUCCGACACUCACUGAGGAAAAUGAGGCUGCAGUUAGCUCAGAGGGCCCAAUUCAUCUUGAGCAGAAGGAGAAAUUCGUGGAGAGAUUUGAGAGGCUCACGACUGAAGAGCAUCACGAUGUGCUAGAACGGGAACUUUUGGAAGCUGAAGGCAUUGCAAGAAAGAGCUCCUCUCUUGAGCACAGUCAUGUGGCCAGCAUGGUUGAUGAGGAUGAGGAAGAAGGUGGAUUCACUAUGAUUUUUGGGAUUUAA